UCAAGUACACAAGCAAUCCUUUGCCACGAAUAGUCUUCUCUCGAAAUGCGUGUCACCUUCAACUUUGCCACAGCCCUCGUUGGGCUUUUGUCUAUUGCCAGUUAUGCCUCGGCUGCAAAAGACUACAAUCGUUUGAACAUAUCGGACGCAGCUGUUCUCUUCAUCGAUCACCAAGUUGGAUUAUUCAACCUAGUUCAAGACACUAACCCAGAUUCCUUUAAGAACACUAUCUUGGCUGUCGGUGACACUGCAAAAUUCUUUGACUUGAAAGUAGUCUUAACCACAUCCCGCGAAGACGGUCCUAAUGGUCCUAUGCUGCCAGAGCUCAAGGCCAAGUUCCCAAAUGCGCCUUACGUUGCUAGACCAGGACAAAUUAAUGCUUGGGAUGACCCAGAGUUCGUCAAAGCCGUAGAAGCUACAGGAAAGAAACAGCUUAUCAUUUCCGGUAUCGUUACAGAUGUAUGCGUAACAUUUGUUUCCCUAUCUGCCAAGGCUGCUGGUUAUGAAGUCUUUGUGGUUACCGAUGCUUCCGGUACAUUUAAUGAAGCUAUCAGAGACGCCUCAUGGUCACGAAUGGAAGCUGGCGGAAUUCAACUCAUGAACUGGUUUGCUGUUGCCUGUGAGUUGGCUCGUGAUUGGCGAAUGGACCUUGAAGGUCUUGCAGCUUUGUUCGGUUCCCACAUCCCUACUUAUAAAGCUCUGAUGGACGGAUACAAUGGAGCUGUCGCUUCCGUUAAACAUUAGUGUUUGUGUCAUCCAUUUCUACACAUAUCAAUAAAGAGUUCUACAAAUUUCUAUAUCGAAAACCGCUUUUAAUUCAUACAACUAAAUCCGCUUCAGACAAUAGCCAACAGC